CCGUGUGAGCGAACUUUCGAAUUUUGGCGCCAUUUUGGUCAGCUGGUAAUGUAAACACAGAGCCCACGUGUGUUGAUAAAAGCGGCCGGCCUUGGAAGCCGAAUUGCGGGUUGAAAAUGUGGUCGCUGUCGAAGUUUCUGCGGUUGAACAUCGGCUCAAGAUUGACGAAAGGCAACAAUUCAGUUCAGAGACGGAAGUGCAGUGCACUCGCAACGCCAGAAAUCGAAAUUCCAUUCUCUAAUGGGAGGUCGCUGACAAUUUCGACUGGAAAGUAUGCGAGGUUUGCAGACGGCUGCGCCGUGGCCCAGAUGGGAGACACGGCGGUCAUGGUCACGGCGGUCUCGAGGAACAAAGCGGCGCAGACGAAUUUCAUGCCGCUCACGGUGGACUACCGGCAGAAAGCGGCGGCAGCUGGACGAAUCCCCACAAACUUCCUGCGCAGGGAAUUGGGCCCGACAGAAAAGGAAAUCCUCACCAGCAGACUGAUAGACCGCUCCGUCCGGCCCUUGUUUCCAGACGGCUACAAUUGCGAGACGCAGCUAAUGUGCAACCUGCUUGCCGUGGACAGCGUGUACGACCCGGACAUUGUGAGCAUCAACGCAGCUUCGGCAGCUCUGUCGCUAUCCGAUAUUCCUUGGAACGGACCUGUCGGUGCUGUCCGAGUCGGAAUCGUCGGGACAGAAGUGCUAAUCAACCCCACGAGAAGAGAGCUGGCGGACAGUUCGCUCAAUUUGAUCGUCACAGCCACCAAACACAACUUGGUCGUCAUGCUCGAAGGUGCUGCUGAAAAUGUUCUACUGCCAGACUUCCAAAAGGCGGUGAGAACAGGAGUGAAAGAAAUCUACAACAUCGUGCUGGGAAUCCAGCGAUUGAGCAAAAUGUACGGCAAAAUAAAGAGAACAAGCGAUCCGCCAGCUGCGAUUCCUGAGGAAACAGUGGAGGCUGUUCGCAGUUUGAGUGAAAUGCGGCUGAGAGAGAUUUUCAGAGACUACUCGCACGACAAACUUUCCAGGGACGAGGCCGUCUCCGAGCUGCGAGCAAACGUGAUUGAAAAAGUGGCUCAAGACAGUGCCAAUUACAAUUUUGUCGUUGACUCGUUCAAUAAAGUGGUCAAAGAGGUGUUCAGGUCGCUCAUUUUCGAGGACAGCACAAGAUGUGAUGGCCGGAAGCUGGAGCAGGUGAGGCCGAUUUCCACGCAGGUGGACCUGUACAAACCACUGCACGGCUCGGCUUUGUUCCAACGAGGCCAAACGCAGGUGUUCUGCACAGUGGCCCUCGACUCGCCAGACUCUGCCAUGAGGAUGGACCCGGUUUCCAUAUUAACAGGGGGUGUGAAGGAGAAAAAUUUCUUCCUGCACUAUGAAUUUCCGCCGUACGCGACCAACGAAAUCGGCCGGGCGGGCGGCGCGGUCGCUGGGAGGCGAGAGAUGGGCCACGGUGCCCUGGCGGAGAAAGGACUGCGACCUGUGGUGCCCAAGGACUUUCCCUUCACCAUCAGACUGACGUCCGAGGUGCUCGAGUCGAACGGCUCCUCGUCCAUGGCGUCCGUUUGCGGGGGCAGCAUGGCCCUCAUGGACGCUGGGGUUCCCAUCUCAAGCGCGGCAGCUGGCGUCGCCAUCGGCUUGGUCACAAAGUUCAAGGACGGCGACACCAAACACAUGGAAGACUACCGCAUCCUCACUGAUAUUUUGGGCAUCGAGGAUUACUUGGGGGACAUGGACUUCAAGCUGGCCGGCACGAAAAAAGGCAUCACCGCGCUCCAGGCUGAUAUCAAAAUCCCCGGCUUGCCCCUGAAAAUCGUGAUGGAAGCGCUGCAGCAAGCCACUGAGGCAAAAUCUUUUAUUAUCGACAUUAUGGAGGAGAGAAUCAAAUUCCCCAGAAAACACAAAGACAACUGGCCUGUGUCUGAGCGAAUCGAAGUACCGGCGCACAAGAGAGCAAAGUUCCUAGGGCUGGGCGGAUCCAAUUUGAAGAAGCUGACAGCCGAGACGGGCGUGCAGGUCAGCCAACUGGAGGAAAACAUUUUCCAGUUUUUCGGACCGAACCAAAGUGCCGUCGACGAAGCCAAGGAGUACAUGGAGAAGCAAAUGGAGGCGCCGAGGGAGCCAGAGCUCGAGUUCGGCGCCAUCUACACUGCCAAAAUCGUCGAGCUCAGGGAGAGCGGAGUCAUGGUUACCUUGUACCCUGGAAUGACGCCUUGUCUCCUCCACAAUUCUCAGCUUGACCAGAGAAAAAUUUCUCAUCCGAGCGCUUUAGGCUUAGAAGAAGGCCAAGAAAUCCAAGUCAAAUUCUUUGGCCGAGAUCCUGUGUCUGGAAUUAUUCGGCUUUCAAGAAAAGUGCUUCAAGGCCCAGCGUCGCAGGCCAUCAGGGAUCUCAAUAGGACUGGCAGCAAGAGAUAGUCAAACUAUUUCUAAAUCAUAAAUUUUCUUAAUAAAAUUUUAAGUCUGUACAAAGUUAUCUUGAAUUUUUUUAUGGUUAGAUUUUAAAAAUAUGACCUAUUCUCAAAAAGGUGGUCGGAUAAAAAAAUUAACAGGUUUGGAAACUGUUCUGAGCUCUGCGGCAAUUUUUGCAGAUUGGGAUUUUUCCAAAAAUUUCUGACCGAAAUAUUUUCUGUGAGGAAAUUCAGUAGCUCCAAGAUAGAUAACAUAAAAUCUAGCUUCAUUAUGAUAUUUUAAAAAAAUUCAACAACUUUCCUGGGAAAAAAAGAUGCAAAAUGCUCCAUCAAAGAAAUUUGCACGGUUUGUUUUACGAACAUAGUUUUCUUUGAUAUAAUGUCUUACACAUAUUUUGAAGUAAGAAUGUACACGUUAGUCGCACACGCAUCAGAAUCACAUUUAUUUCUAAAAAAUAAGGAACAUGAGAGAUUGAAAAGAGAAGACGAUUUGAUAGAAACGUUUUUGGUAUUGUGCCGUGCGUUUGAA